ACUUAUCUCAUCCCAGUCGCCUACUAAGCUAAAGCUAGGCUAACUAGCUGAUACAUGGUGUCAUGUAGUCAAAUAUUCACACUUUAUAAAUGAAGGAGCUUUCCGAGUAACUCAGACAUGGAUCUAAGAAAUAUCAAGGACCAGUCUCCGCUGGUCCAGGCCAUUUUCAGUCGAAACACAGAGGAAGUGACAUUUCUAUUAAGCCAUAAUGAGGAUGUUAAUUUACUGGACCAAGAACAAAGUACACCACUUCACGCAGCUGCUUAUUUGGGUGAUGUCCACAUUAUGGAGCUACUUAUUGCUGCAGGUGCAAAUGUCAAUGCCAAGGACCAGGGUUUACUGACUCCUUUACACCGAGCUGCCGCCUCAAGAAAUGAAAAAGCAGUGGAGCUGUUGCUAAAGCAUGGAGGGGAGGUUAAUACACGAGACAAAUUCUGGCACACACCCUUACACAUGGCAGCUGCAAACUGGGCUACAGGCUGUGCGUCAGCUCUGAUACCUCAUGUUUGCAGCUUGGAUGUUGCUGACAGAUCAGGGAGGACACCACUGCACCAUGCUGCUCACAGUGGCCAUGGAGAGAUGGUGAGCUUGUUCCUGAAUAAAGGUGCAAAUGUGAGUGCCAAAGACAAGAAGGAAAGGCAGGCAAUCCACUGGGCUGCAUACCUCGGGCAUGUGGAGGUUGUGAAGCUGCUGCUGUCACACAGCGCUGAUGUGAUGUGCAAGGACAAACGAGGUUACACUCCGCUCCAUGCUGCAGCAGCGGGUGGGAUGUUGGACGUGGUCAAAUACCUGCUAAGGCUAAUAGUAGAGACUGAUGAUACCAACCUUUAUGGGAACACAGCGCUCCACAUAGCGUGCCACAUGGGGCAAGAUGCUGUGGCCUCUGAGCUGGUGAACUGCGGCUCCAACAUCAACCAGCCAAACCAUUAUGGUAGCACGCCGCUGCAUCUUGCUGCUGCCUCUUCCAGCGGGGUUUUGUGUCUCGAGCUGCUGAUCAACAAUGGUGCUGAUGUCAGCGUGCAGAAUAAAGAAGGGAAGAGCCCUUUGCACAUGGCUGCUAUGCACGGGCGCUUUACAGGCUCCCAGAUUCUGAUUCAAAAUGGUGGGGAGAUUGACUGUGCUGAUAUGUUUGGAAACACUCCUCUUCAUGUGGCUGCCAGAUACGGACAGGAGUUACUGAUCAGCACUCUGCUGACAAACAGUGCUGACAAGGCCAGACAAGGGGUUGAUGGGAUGCUCCCUCUACAUUUGGCGGCACUAUAUGGGUUUCCAGACUGCUGUCAGAAGUUACUGUCCAACGGCCAGUUUUACAUCAUGCCUUCUCAGACAUCAUCAGGGUUUGAUAUUAACAUGGUUGACGACCACGGGAGGACAUGCCUGCAUGCUGCUGCUUCUGGAGGGAAUGUUGAGUGUCUGAACUUGCUGUUGAGCAGUGCUGCUGAGCUGGAUGUAAAAGAUAAUUUGGGAAGAUCUCCUCUGCACUACGCUGCAGCAAAUGGAAACAGUCAGUGUACCAUCGCUCUGGUGAGAGCCGGCGCUGAGGUGAAUGAGCUGGACCUGACAGGCUGCAGCCCCCUACACUACGCUGCUGCUUCACACACGUUCUGUGGAGGGGAAUCAAAUGCUAGGCCUGACUCAAGCGAGGAAAGGGAACACGAAGCCACUCUAUGUUUAGAUUACUUGCUUGACAGUGGGGCGAACCCGACUCUGAAGAACAGUAAGGGUUACAGUGCUGUUCACUAUGCAGCAGCUUUUGGGAACAAACAACACCUGGAACUGCUCUUGGAGAUUUCUUUCAACUGCUUGGAAGAGGCUGAAAGCAAUAUUCCAGUCAGUCCUCUUCACUUAGCUGCGUAUUAUGGCCACUGUGAGGCUCUGCGUUUGCUGUCUGAGACAUUAGUGAGUCUAGAUGUGCGGGACAUUGAAGGCAGAACUGCCCUCUACCUGGCUGCUCAGAGAGGUUUUGCCCCAUGUGUGGAGGUGCUGCUGGAGCAUCAAGCCAGCUGCACAUUGAAGGAGCACAGAUACAAGAGGACUGCUCUCCAUGCUGCAGCCGCUGAGGGCCAAAUGGACUGUCUGCUUUUAUUAGUCAACAGGGAACAAAGCGAUGACAUCAUUGACAUCUCAGACACAGAGGGACAGACCGCUCUCAUGCUGGCAGCUCUGGGGCGACAUACUGACUGUGUCCACAUCCUGUUAGAAAAAGGAGCAAAGGCAGAUGCUGUAGACAAAAAGGGCUUCACAGCGUUACACAGAGCUGCCAUGUUGGGCAGCGAGGACUGUGUCUCUGCUCUUCUGGAACACGGGGCCUCUGCGCUCUGUAGAGACUCUCAGGGAAGGACCCCGCUGCACCUCGCUGCUUCACUCGGCCACACGGAGCUGCUCAGGAGUUUGCUAAAGGCUGCCGUGAAAGCCGACCCGCUGGACUCCAUAUUGGACUUCAUAGGCUACACUCCCACACACUGGGCUGCAUACCAUGGACGUGAAGGAUGUUUACAGGCUUUACUUGAAAACACAUUUUUUAGCAAUCAGGAGGGAAAUCUCUUCACCCCAUUGCACUGUGCUCUAGUUAAUGGCCACGAUGUUGCUGCCGGACUUCUAGUGAAGACUGUUGGCCGCCAAAUCGUUCAUGUUAUUGAUGCCAAAGGAAGGACUCCGCUACAUGCUGCUGCUUAUUCAGGAAAUGUCGCUGGGCUUGAGCUGGUCCUGGCCCAGACACCAGAUGUCAAUGUUGUGGACCACAGUGGAUGUUCUGCUCUGAUGAUUGCUGCUGACUGUGGGCAGACAAGGGCUGUUGAGUUCUUGCUGCACAAAGCAAAGCCAGACCUGACCCUGGUGGAUGUCAAUAAUAACACUGCCCUUCACUUAGCCUGCAGCAAGGGUCAUGAGAUGUGUGCCCUGUUGAUCCUGGGAGAGAUCAACGACUCAUCCCUCAUAAAUGCAACAAACAGCUCUCUCCAAAUGCCCCUCCACAUUGCCGCGAGGAAAGGCCUGGCGACUGUCGUACAGGUGUUACUGAGCAGAGGUGCAGCGGUCAUGGCUGUAGAUGAAGAAGGCCACACGCCAGCUUUGGCCUGUGCUCCAAACAAGAACGUGGCAGACUGCCUGGCCCUGAUCCUCUCCACCAUGAAGCCUUUCCCUCCCAGAGAGGCUGGCAAUGGGGCAGCCUCCCACUAUAACUCCAUCCUGAAGAACUGCAGCAUCACUGCCACCUGUGGGUCCAAUGGUAACAUGUGUCACGCCUGAGUCGAUGGCUGAACAGGCGCUGUUGGCCUGCAGGGGUGUGAAAUUUCAUCCCAGUGUACCUUAAUGUCCCCACACAUUUACCACAUGCACGUACAAGCCUCUAGGAACAUGUGUGAUCAUGCUGAGCUUAUGGCAUUUAUACACUUGUCUGCAUGCACACUUUGUCCUCUUGCACCAGUGGCAUUGAUUGCUUCUUAAAAAUAAUAGUCUUAUACAUAAAUAAUAGUAGCAUAUCUCUUAUAUUAUGUUCUCCUCCACGUGAGUUAAGUUUAGCACAUAUAUUUAGUAUUUUUAUGAUGUAGUAACCAUGAGCAGUAAAUGGUAUUUUAAUAUAAGCACACUAUAAAAGGCCCUUUACACUUGAAGGUGACAAGUGCAAAGAUACUCAGAUGAUUGUGUGUGUAUCUUAUGUAUGUGAGUGUGUUUGAAAGUGUUAGACAUUGCAUUUUAAUGUACUGACAAACUCUUAACAGGUGCUUUAAACCUUUUAUGCAAUUAAUGAAACUCUAUUUUCUUAUUCUGUCAGGAGUGUAGCCAAUGCUACGUAGAUACAAAUAACUUUAUCAGUCUAACUUUAUCAUGUUUUACCUAAAGUACAUUUCAGUUUAGCAGAAGUAGCAGUAACAAGCAUGUAUAUAAUAAGACUUAUAGAGUUGGCAGAGUCUAGUGUAAAUAUAGUUUUGAAAUUGAAGUUUAUCUUUUACUAUCUUGAAUCCCAAAUUAUUGAUAAUUUACUGUACCUCAGGCUACUUUAGAUGCAAUAACAGCACAAUUUGAGCUUGAUACUAUGUUACAAAUGAAAGGUAAGUGAAACAAGCCAGAAAAUAAAACAAAGGAAAGGUCAAAGAAUAGAUAAAUAUAUUUUGAUAAGAACAGCUAUGAUGCAAAGGGUAGAUAUCUCCAGCUUUGAGUUGUGUCUUGAGUAAAUGUGACUUUUUGUAUGUUUUUUUUUUGUCAUCUUCAAUGUUAGAUUAAUUUAACUUCUUGCUUGAUUCAUUUGAAGUUACAAUGGCCCAAAGCGAUAUCUUUAAAUUCCUUCUUUUGUGAUAUGCAAUUCAAUACGAAAAUAUAUUUAAUUUACACAAAUACGGUGAGAAAAAAAGCAUCAAAUUCCUUACAUUAACCUUGCUGGAACCAGAUAAUGUCUGGCAUAUAUGAGCAAUAGUUUUCUUUGGUUGUAGUUGGUUGAAAAAGUUGGUAGUGCCUCUACAAUAAGACUUCUUUAAAUCUUUAUUUUAGUUAUUUUAAAACACACAGUAUACCUUUACUGGUAUAAAGCUAUCACUGCCUCACUCCCUCUUUUAAUAUAAAGCUUUUUUUUUUAAUGGAAAUAUGUAUUUUUGUGUUUUAUUAACAAUAAGUGACUGAUAUUUCCCCCACUGAAACCAGUUCUUAAAAUAUUCAGUAGUUUUCUUGGAUAAUUUCAGUCCAGAAAAGAUUUUUAUAAACCCAAGAAGCAGUGACAUCUUCUGAACAGCGUUUGUAGAUUUUUUUUCUCUGCUUCUUGCAUGUGAAAAACUGGGAACUUUCCUUCAUCUUUACUGGCAUUUCAGGGAGAAACUCCUAACUGGAAUAUUCUGUGUGAAAUUUGUUCUAAAUGGUGUUCUUAAGACAAAAAAAUAAACAUUCAUUUGUAG